AUGGAGGCGAUUGUCCAAAUCCAAAACUCACAUCUUCUUCAUAUAAUCAAUCGGUUGGAUGCUUUGGAGAAUGGCACCAGAAGCACUACCGAGUCGCCUACAAUAUCACGACCCUCGGAGGUUUCGAGUUCUUCAGCAAGCCCACAGCAAGUUCAGCCUACGCCGGGCACGGGACGUCUGAAUAACCACGCCAAUUGUAAUUCGGGUCAAAUGAGCCUCAAGGGGUACCGAUUCAGUUCAUAUUCCACGGAGACUGGAUUAGAAGAGAAACUACCCAUUUCCCCAGAAACUGCCAAAUCAUGGCUACAAAUGCUUUACGACAACCAAAACAGCCUCGGAAUUUUAUUACCCAUAGCAAGGGACUUUAUGCUCACGAUACCGUCCAUCGUCGAUAACCCAUAUGUCCAGAUCGAUGUCCGCGUGCUUAUUCUCUACUACGGUGCACUGCACCAGGGGAUGCUCCUCACUCCUGGAAUUGAUACCGUCAAGAAAAGCGAGUACUCUAUCCUGCUAUAUCGUAGAGCUCUACAUCUUAUGGAGGACUGGCAACGCGAGGAGCAAAUCAAUGAACUGAGUCUGCAUGUUGCGUUUUGGAUGACAUUUGAAACAUAUUCGCAGUCUGAUUUCGAUCUGUCGCAUAGACUACAUCGCUGUGCAUGCGAUAUUGCACGGGCUCUCGGACUGCUUGACCUUGAUAGCAUAGAUGGAUCUGCAAUUACUCCAGCCAGCAGCCAGCCGGUUAAUAUGGACACUGUCUACCGGGGGGUGCACAGAAUCUACUUCUGGCAGAUUCUGAUGAUGUUCGAUAAUCUCUUUCGCAACAAUCUUUACAGAGCAGGUAGUAUUGAGAUGGGUACCUGGAAAGUGAGUCUACCGGAUCUUUCUACGUGGCGGAGCUUCAACGACGGCGACCGGCAUGCUCAGGUGUAUUUUGAGGUCUCUCUCCGACUAGCACGUAUAUCCCUUAAACACUCUGAACUACGGAGCAGUAUGGACUUGCGGUCAGGAGAGGACGGGAUGCUUGAUGCGUCUGCACAGGCGGAAGUGAUGAACCUGGUGUUGGAAAUUAGCGCUGUUAUAUCUGAUUGGAAUGUUGAACCAUUGCUUAUGCAAGCAUCCUCCACGAUUCAUGCAAGCCUAUAUGCAAAGCUCAUCUUCGAUGCAACGUCAAUGAUAACCUCAUCCCUCCGCAUUCAACCUCAAGGCGCUAGCUGGCCCCCAGAACAUGGUGCUGAACUGGAACUAGAUGCAGCCCGGAGAUCUAUAACAGCUGUACAACGUUUGUUUGAGCUUGAUCCAAAUGUAAUUUGCUGGCACUUGGGGUACUUCAAAAGCUACAUUACUCCCUGUAUUGGGAUCAUCUUCAAAAGCACCCUCACUACGGACGCAGAGGAAACAGCAACGUCGAAUAUAACUCUCAUACUCUGGAUAGACCUGGUGCUUACUGACUGGGAAAGCAUACGCAAGGAAUUAAACUCCAUGAAGAGAUUUGUCCAAACAUUAAGACGCUUCACGCAUACAUUUGUUCAACAAAAGUUUCGCGGGACACAAACCGAGCAUGGUUAUGAAGAGCCAAGCGCCUUGUCCGAAGCAAUGAGACGGGGAGUUGUAGAAGAUAUACUGGAUGUUGCCUGGCAAACCAGUGAAUCGAGGAGCCCUUUGCCCGGGUCUCCCACCACUGAACUACUCGGUGAAGACGAGCUACGGUUUUUGCAUGAGCGAGGGGUCGACCUCCAGCAACUAUACAAUGAUCCCUGUCAGGCUAUUCUGGAAUUGGAGAAGAGUAUAUUGACUGAGCCUGAUCCUCACCGUGGGUGGUGGACGUUUGACGUUUAG